AUGUCAAAAUCAGACCGUCCGUUCGUAGGACUUUCUUCAUUAACCCUGUCAGACUUCGAAAGUGAUAAAGAUUUCAAACCAAAUCUUGACAUUAUUAAACAAAAGAUAUCUCAAAUUUUAAAUAAACCAUGCGUAAAGGUUGAAUUGAUUGAACAUAAUUCCGGAUAUCGAAUACCGUUCUUGAUAGAAUUGGAAGACGGAGGAGAAUACAUCUUAUAUGUGACUAACCCAACACUUUCAAUCAUUGAUAAAUAUCCAAAAGGUUUAUUAAAUGAUAUGAUUCGGAGUGAAAUCGAUACCAUAAAUUACCUUGAUAAGUAUACAAACAUUCCCGUACCAAGGGUUUAUCAUUGGAAUAUUGAAAAGGAGAAUGAAUUAGGAGCUCCUUUCAUGAUCGUUAAAAAAUUAUUCGGAAAAAACCUCGAUCAAGAAUGGCUUACUUUGACAUUUGAACAGAAAUGUGAGUUCAUAAAUCAAUACAUUGACAUUUUAAGUUCCCUUAAUGACGUCAAACAAGAUCGGAUUGGGAGUUUGUAUUUAAGUGAGGAAAACUAUAAAAUCGAAAAGUUGGUCAUCGAUAACUAUGUUAAUCUUGGAAGAUCAUCCCUUAAAGGCGAGGUCAAUCGUGGUCCAUUUCAUUCAACAAAAGAUUUGUUAAAUGCCGCGAUUGAGCUAGAAAUAACUUGGUAUAAUAAAUGUGAUUGGGGAGAUGAAUGUAAAGAAUUGUGGGUUCCGAUACAAAAAAAAAUGUUGGAAAUCUUUAACACUUAUUGGAAGGAUGAUCCUAAUUAUGAUUUUAAUUCCUUCGUAUUAUGUCCACCUUUAUUAGAGGACCCGAGAAAAAUUCUUAUUGAUAAAGUUGAUGGGAAAGUUCGGAUCACGGGAUUCCUUGAAUGGAAACAUACGGGAUUUCUACCCAAAGAUUACCUCUUGAAUAAAUAUCCUCACAUCAUCAUAAAUCGUCAAGAAUAUAAUUAUUCAGAAGAGAAAAUGAGAGAAAAUCUUUUGUUACAAGAACAUUUUGAUAAUCAAAUCAUACAAAGGUACCCUCAAUUUAAAAAGGAUGAGAUCAGAAUUUUAUUCUUUGAUACCAUAAUCGAAAAUUUUGAUAGGAUUUGGUGUACCAUUGAUGCUCUUAGAAGAUUACACGAUUACUUUAAUAUUGAAAUGAAGGAAGAAUGGUUGAAUUCUGAUGAUUAUUUCAAAAGAUGGUUUAAAGAAAAUUAUUCGUUUACUGACAAAGAAUGUAACAGAUUGGUUGAUGGUAGGGCAUGGUAUAAUGGUGGUGUCAAUAAAACCAUUUACGAAUCUGAUUAUACAACAAGCGAUAGUGCAUGUACUCUAAAUGAUGAUGAGCGGCUUUGA